UGUACAGGAUUGUAAAUGAGGGAAAUAAGUCUCACACAGGUUCCUGAACCAGAAACAAGUGUACCAGAAAGAAAGUAAUGUUGUGCACACCCUGUAUUUUUAACAUAGUAGUAAAGAACGGUUCUAAAUCUUGUGUUCAGGUCCAGAUCUGUACAUGAGACAGACCUAGUAAAAGAUAAGUGGGAAUUUUUUUUUUUUUUUUUUUUUUUUUUUUUUUAAAUGAUGAUAAACCAUGACUGUUGUGUACACUCCCUGUGCAAAUGCUAAAGCGUCAUAACCUGAAAGUAUGCUGAAUGAAAGAGGUGGAAUUUACCCUAAAGCUGGUACAAGUGAAAUCUUUUAAACAUCUUCUGGUCUGAAAGGAGUUUGGGUAACCACUCGGGUGGUGACAUAUGCUAAUUCUGUUCUUCUAGCUUUUUUUUGAUAGAUAACCACAAUUAUCUGUCUUAAUUUUAGCCAAAGAUGUUCUUCAUAUCUUCAUAUUAGUUUCACUUUAUUGGUACUAGGGUUCAUAUGGAGGUCCUCAGUCAAGUGGAGCAAUAAGCAUGACAUUCAUAUGUAUCAUCAUGUGUGAUUCUGUGGCUGUUGCUUCCUCCUUUGUCCCAUCUGUUGUGUCCCUUCGCACGCCAGCUCCAAGUUCAACCCCCCCACUCUUUAGCCACCUAUAUGGAUUAUGGAGAAUGAAAAAAAAAAAAAAAAAAAGAAGAUAACAUGUAUGUUUCAUUUCCAUGCUUAGUUUGUGUACACACUCAUCCGACGCAAGCACGGUGCUCAUCAGUUACGUCGACUGACUCAGCGGACGCCCACCACAGCCACACUGGUUCCCUAAGAUAAGUAGAAGAGAAUAUCGCUCUAGGAAAGGGAAUUAGGACACUAAGGACCGUUGUUCCUCUUGUGUAAUUUAGGGGAAGUGGAGGCGGAGGAAGACGGGAGUUGUAGACACUGGACAACAGGCCUUCGUGCAUGACUAAGGCUUUUCCUGUGGGUCUUUCUCUCUAUAGUUUCCACUUCUCUGUCUCGUGAGGAGAGUGGCUGCCUCCACCAGCUCUGGUGCCGUUAAAGUGAGCAGUCUCAAUAUCAAUGCUCAUUGUGAACUCUAGACAGCGUGUUGAUCCCAGGACCAGAUCUCAAUAAAGAAGGGUUACCGUGAUGCGUUGCAGAUAAAGCUUCAAUUUCUAACUUUUUUUUGUUUGUUUCUUUUGGUCUUAUUUUUGGGAUUCAUUACAAAACUUUGAAUCUAAUAUCAUGAAUGGCUGGGACUCUUGAAUACACAAGGCCAGCUAUCACACCAUCUUUCGGGCUGGACUGUGCAGCAGCUGCUCGGCCCCCACGCCCCCCUGCCAUGGUGUCCCGCGUAGGCAUGCGCCAGCUGCUCAUGCGCGAACAAAUGCAGCAGGAGGAGCAGCGGGAGCGCCAACGUCACCUGCACCACAUGCAGCAGCGGCCGCCCGGACCUCCUGCUUCCUCACCCGCCAUUAAUGCACCCGUGCACUUCCCGGCGCCAAUGCAGGUGCCUGUCGAGGUGCUGAAGGUACAAACCCAUCUGGAGAACCCCACCGACUACCACAUCCGCCAGUCUCAGAGGCAGCAGGUCAAAGAGUACCUGUCCAGUACCUUCGCCCCCAAGCAGGCCGUCCAUGCCGCAGCCGGUGUAGUCCACCCCUCUCCACCAAGCAUGCCGCAGUGCCAGUCAGCCGGUGCCAUGCAACCCCUGCCCUCACCUUGCACAUCACAGCUCGUCGCCUCAGCAGGGAACAGUGCCCCUAACAGUCCUAUGGCCAUGCUGAACAUCAGCUGCAGCCAUGAGAAAGAGAUGGAGGAAGUGAUUGAGGACAUCAUCAGCAUGCAGUCCAGCUAUGACGACAUACAAAAUUAUGGUGACCCCAUGGUGCAGAUGCCAAACACACUCCCUCUGCCCAGCCAUUUGGAUGUGUACACUGGUCCUGGUAUGGCAGGUCAUACCAUCGCCACGACUAGCAACUCCUGCCCUGCCAACCUACAUCACAAGAGAGAACUAUCAGAUGUUGAAGCUCGUGCAUUGGCCAAGGAGAGACAGAAGAAAGACAACCACAACCUGAUUGAAAGGAGAAGGCGGUUCAAUAUCAACGACCGCAUCAAGGAGCUGGGAACCAUGAUUCCUAAAACUAAUGACCUGGAUGUCCGUUGGAACAAGGGCACUAUUCUCCGGGCCUCCGUGGACUACAUUAAACGAAUGCAGAAGGACAUCCAGAGAACAAGAGAAGUGGAGAGCAACUUCAAGAGGAUGGAGGUGGUCAAUAAGCAAUUGUGGCUCCGUAUCCAGGAGCUGGAGAUGCAAGCCCGGAUGCACGGUCUGCCUAGCACCUCGCCAUCGGGCCUGAACAACAUUGAGCCCCAGAACCAGUUUGUGAAGCAGGAGAACAGCCCCGAUGAGCUUCACCACCAGCGACCUCCUCCCCAUCAGCCCCCUCAUCUCCACUCCCUCCACCCUCAGCAGCUCCACCCUCAGCAGCUCCACCCCCAGGCUUCUCAGCUCCACCCCCAGCAACCACUGCAGUACUCGGCAGUAGGCAGCACACAGCCCUUCAACUUCAGCCACUCACUGGACUUGUGUGAUGGUGGCAUGGCAGGUUAUGCAGAUGGCAUGGGGUGUCUGGGGGAUCUGGGCUCUAUAGGGGGUACAGUUGGUGGCACCAUGGUUCACGCAGGCAAGAAGAGUGAUAUGGCCUGGAUGGACGAGGCGCUGUCGCCACUGGGCACCGACCCACUUCUCUCUGCCAUGUCGCCCGAGGCGUCUGUGGACAGCAGCCGCCGUAGCAGCUUCAGCAUAGAUGACUCGGACAUACUGUGAAAUGGCUCCAGCACAUAUAUUAACACAUACACACCAAUUUUGUUAAAACAUAAAGGGCAACAGCACAUGCAAUUUUUUGUAUUUCCAAUUAUUUUUAUGGUAUUUAAAUACCAUAGGCAGUCAACAAAACCAAUAUACUCCCUUAGAUAUGAUCUGAUUCACAUAGCGUCCAUACACCCCUAAAACCUACAUACACUAAAUCAGAUACUUACAUAUUCAAAAAAAAAAAAAAAAAGAAAACAAGAUUUCACAUGCCAGUACUACCAUAAAAAUCCAAAAAGGUCAUUUCAUUCAACAGAAAGCAUUUGUUGGUGAUUAAAAAAGUUGCAAGCAAUUUUUAAUUCUCAUCCCAACCACUCACAGCUUUAAUCAGUGCCAUACUAUUGGCCUUCAGCAUUAAACCAAUGGGAGAAGGAAGUGGAGCAUAGAUAAAUAUAGAAAUGCAUACAGUAUGUUUUAGAAUUAAACAUUAUCGUCCAAAGGCAGCUUUUUCUCAGGCAUUUUGAAUAAAAAAACAUCAGGGAGAUCAUCCCAAAAAAUAAGGAUCUAAGGUAACCCUUUAUUUGAAUAUCCCUUUUUGAAGGCACUCAGAAAAUGUUCAUAAGUCCUGUAUAGAUGUUUAUUUGAGGUUUUUAUACUAUAAUGUAUUAGAUAUAAAUGUCUGUAUAAGUGGAAAUACUUGGGCUAGCGGUAGCUCUGAGGUUAAGGUUCUUGUGCUAAUGUCCAGAAGUCACAAAACUGACUAGCUGAAGAAGUCCCUUAAUCCUCAGAUGUUCAUCCUGGAUUAGAUUCUGCCUCACUUAGGGAUUUUUUAAUUAAAGUGUUACCAACUCCAUUAAUGGUGUGCUAGUAACGGUACCUAAAGUAUUAUUACUAUAUUAUUACUUUUUCAAAGUGGAUCCUUGAAGUAAUAAGUAAUACUUAAGCAAAUAAAGUAGUGUACUAAAUGGGCUUGGUUUCAACAUUAAUGCCAUAUGCAUUAGGUGAUUAGUGUAGCAGGAUGGUCAAGGUGCUAGAAAAAAGUGCAUGUGGUACGGAGCAUGAAACUAGCCUGUUAAUCCAACCAUUGUUCUUCCUCACCAAGGCAGAAUUUCCCCCAUGAAGUGUGAAUCGAAAUGGGGUUAUGCUUAGCCCUCCAGUUCUGUUCACUACUGACUCCUAUUGACCCAGGCUAUCUGUUUUUGAUUUAAUAGCAACACAGCUGUAAAAUCUAUUUAUAAACCAGCCGUGAUAUAUUCAUCGUAGUUAUUAGCAAUAGAAACAAUAAUCACACAUGUGGUCCUCGUUCAUAAACUCCUAGCAGCAUGCGCAUGUGUGUGCACUGUAAAUAAAUAUGGAGAGUGAUGGGAGUAAUGGACUCAAUCAUCUUUUUGUUUUGUUUUUUAAGAAUAGUUCAUUUUUAUCUGUUUUAUUUUCCUUCUUACUCAGGUCAGAAUGACCCAAGCAUAAUUUCUGUAAUAUAAAUGACUUUUCCGAUUUAUUUUUAUGUUUGUUAGAAAAAUUAAAGCAAGUUUCAUGUUGAAAAGAUUAGUGUAAACUUGAUUUGGGUCAUUUUACCCUGAACAGAACAUGAGGUUUAAGCUCCUCACUGCUAUGUGCACUUCCUCUCUGCCCUAGGUAACUUUUACAGGGGCAAGGACCUAAUGUUCAAUUCCAGCUAUGAAAUUUCUAAAUAAAAAAAGGAAGUUAAAGAAAGAAUAGUUAUUAGUAGUCUUUGUGAUGUUUUUUGUCCUUCUCUCUCCCAAAGCACUGAAGAAAAUAUUAUGAUUUAAUGGCUUUAUAAUAGAUGAUUUAUUAAGAUUUUAUAUGCCACUAAGCCACUUAAGUGUAUUUUUAUCAUGUGUAACUUUUUAUUUUUAUUUGAUCUUCCAAAAAUGACCUUUGCUAUCUCAGUGCAGAGCCAUUUAAAUAUGAAAAUAUUUAAACCACUAGCCUUAUUGUACAUGGCCAGCAGAGCCAUAUAAUAUAUAUUUUGUUUUGUUUUUUUAUGUUAGAAUUUAUCAGGCUUUUAAGAAAGUAAAAGAACAUGCAUCAUGUUUUUAUAUUGAUUUGAUUUUUUUUUUUAACAUAGUUAUUCAAAAAUAUAUAUAUAAUGAGUGAUGAUUCUGUAAUUUUAUCAGUUUUAAUUAAAACUUUGUGAAAUGUGAAUUUUUUCUGUUGUACAGUUAAAUAGUUUAAGUAGUUUUAAAUGGAGCAGCAUGAUUUAUUUUUUUUUCCCUCCCAUGGUGCCGUCUUGUCCUACAAAUAUACCCCCUGUACUGUCAUUAAAGACAACCUGCCUCAGAGUUUAAAAUGUUCUUACACGGUGUCACUGGCUCAAAGCCUACUGACCUCUAUUUCCUCAGACUUUUAAAGUCCAAAUUCAUCAACCGCCAGCAUUCAAAGAGUCUGCUAGCCUAUGCAAAUCUUUGACUUGGUAAACCGUAACAGACGGAAGCUUUCCGAGCUGUUGUAGUGAUGGGGUUCUUCUAAUUUUGCUUGCAUGUCCUUUUUUAAAAAAAAAUAUAUAUAUAUAUUUUACAGGAAUGAUAAGGUUUGCCGUAAAUGAAGGAAAAAUAUCUUCCCUUCAGAUAACAAGGCCGAUUGUGAUUUAAGUGAUUGUUACAGUUUUCGCAAAAGCAUCCAAAAGCCUUUUGAAUUCAAUCUUGUAAAAUUUUAUGGACGUGAAUGAUAUCUAUUAUUAAAUGUAUUUAAGAUGA